UACACUCACUUUUCCAGCUCGAAUGAAAUAAUAGUCGUAACAACUCAAGUAGCCGUUAGCUUUACAGCUAGUCAGCCCAAAGUUUGCUUCGUUGCUACUUACGUGCGUUUGCUAAUAGUGAAACUACAAACUUCAUAAGGACAGCGACCACACGGUAUUAACGCAGUUAGCUUAUGUGGCUGUUCCGCUUGGAUGGAGGACAGCAAACUGGAAUGCCUGAACGCCCGUUUGGCCAAGCUGCUGAACGACGCGGCGCUGGAGGUUUUGGGGAUGGUGAAGGAGACCGUGUCGGCCUAUCGGGAGAAUGCAGCCAGGACGCUGAGGGAAAAUGAGAGCCUGAGGAGAAGUCUGACGGAGUUGCAAAAUAUUCUCCAUGUCCACGGUCUGUUUCCUGUCCAGGAAGAGGGACCGGAGAUUCAGGAGCAGAACCCCGGCCUCCCUCCGCGGCCGGACAAUACCCCCCACGAUGCGAAACGCGCGCACGAUGACGCGUGCUCGCAGGCCCAGACGCUUUUGCAACAAUGCAAAGAAGAACCAGAAGACGAGAAGAUCCAGGAGGGUCCGACUGUCCGGAUGACCGCGGACGACGCGGUAAAUGUUGUCAAAAGAGAGCCGCCCGCUCCGUCACUGGCUGAUCCGCCAACGUUACGAGAACACCGCGACGACCGUGCGGCUUUAGAACCCCUUCCUCACAAGUCCGGCAGCCCCGCCCGCUCAGCUUUGACGGCGAAAAGAAUCCAGACGGAGCCCGCGAGGAGAGACGACUCCCACCCGUGUCCGGUAUGCGGGAAGACGUUCCGGCGCGUGGCCUACCUGAAAAACCACCUGCGCUGUCACACGGGAGCGAAGCCGUUCGAGUGCUCGCAGUGCGGGAAGACGUUCGGCCGGGUCGGGUACCUGAAGAUCCACCAGCGCUGUCACACGGGGGAGAAGCCGUACGGCUGCUCGCAGUGCGGGAAGCGCUUCACCCAGGCGGCCGAUCUGAAGAAACACAAGAUGGUGCACACGGGGGAGAAGCCGCACUACUGCGGCCGGUGCGGGAAGAGCUUCAGUCGGGCGGAUAAUCUCAAAAGGCACCUCAAGAUGCAUAACGGAGGGACUUGAGGGUUUCGUGCCACCGCGGUCAGCGGAAGAUUAAUAAAAUGUUCCAAAAAAAAAAAAAAAGUGACAUACAGCUUGUCCAGAAAGUUACUUACGUGACUAUUCACUUAGCAUCGAUCGUUGGGGUUUUAUAAGCAGCUUAUGCAGUUCAAGAAAAUUAAGUAUUUGAACACCCUGCUAUGUUGCAAGUUCUCCCACUGAGAAAUCAUGGAGGGGUUUGUGAAAGAGAUUAUCUAAAAAGAAAAAUCCAGAAAUCACAAUGUAUGAUUCUUUUAACGAUUUAUUUGCGUGAUACAGCUGCAAAUAAGUAUUUGAACACCUCAGAAAACCAAUGUUAACACUUGGUACAGUAGCCUUUGUUUCCAAUUACAGAGGUAAAACGUUUCCUGUCGUUGUUCACCAGGUUUGCACACACUGCAGGAGGGAUUUUGGCCCACUCCUCCACACGGAUCUUCUCUAGAUCAGACAGGUUCCUGGGCUGUCGCUGAGAAACACAGAGCUUUCUUCUGGGUUAAGGUCUGGAGACUGGCUAGGCCACGCCAAAACCUCGAUAUGCCUCUUACGGAGCCACUCCUUGGUUUUCCUGGCUAUGUGCUUUGGGUCAUUGUCAAGUUGAAAAAAUCUCACAAUACACGGCCGCGAUCAUCCAUUCCUGGAUACAGUGCAGUCGUCCUGUCCCAUGUGCAGAAAAACACCCCCAAAACAUGAUGCUAACACCCCCCCACCCCGUGCUUCACAGGAGGGAUGGUGUUCUUGGGAUGGAACUCAUCAUUCGUCUUCCUCCAAACACGGUUAGUGGAAUUAUGAGCAAAAAGUUCCAUUUUGGUCUCAUCUGACAACAAAACUUUCUCCCGUGACUCCUCUUUAUCAUCCAAAUGGUCAUUGGCAAAAUUAUGACGUGUGCUGGUCUAAGCGGGGGAACCUUCCGUGCCAUGCGUCAUUUCAAACCAUGACGUCUUAGUGUAUUACCAACACCUUGGAAACGGAAAUUCUAGCUGCUAGACAGGUGUUCAAAUACUUAUUUGCAGCUGUAUCACACAAAUUGUUAAAAAAAAAACAAUCAUACUUGUGAUUUCUGGAUUUUUCUUUUUAGAUAAUCGCUCUCACAGUGGACAUGCACCGACGAUGAAAAUUUCAUACCCCUCCGUGAAUUCUCAGUGAGAGAACGUGCAAAAUAGCAGGGUGUUCAAAUACUUAUUUUCUUCUUAUUCCAGAAUCAAAAGAGCAGAGAGUCACUUUGCCUCAAGGGUUAAUACAAGAAUAACGUGUCAUAAAUUAACACCUGCGCCCCGGAGACGCUUGGCUCAGCAGACAGCAUGCUGGAGAUUUUCGCGGUAAUCGCCGCACCUCAGCGACUUAAUAUAGACUUCAGCGCACGCAUUACUGCCUGACGACAACAUCACUCUGGGAGAGAGACAGAGAGAGAGAGAGACAGAGAGAGAGAGAGAGAGCUUAUGCGGAGCAGGGAUGUGUAAUAAAAGAUGGAGACGUCAAAAAAAAAAAAAAAUGAACGUGCUCCUACUUUGCCGAUUGGGACGCGUGCCCCGCGCUGUCACUUUUGCAAACGGUGUUUGUGUGGAAAUUUUAUUUGCCAUGACUGUAAACUAGCAGAGUUAAUACUUUAAAAUGCUGUGAUUCUCAAAAUACAUUUGCGUUGAAUUUUAAAGAACUUUUAACUUUUUUUUUGGGGGGGGGUGAUUUUUCCAAUGUGCAAUUCUAUCAUUAUUUCCCUAUUAGGGCCAUGCUAAUGUUUUGUUGAUAGCUGUUUUAGAGCAAAUGAAUGCUUUUGUUUCUGUUGUUGUUUUUGCUUUAUUUAGACGUCUCAUGAAAUCGAUGCCACACUUUGUCGUGUCUUUUUCUUUACAUGUUUUUCGUUUAAACUUAAAGGCCCAGGUGGGAAUUGAACUCACGACUCGUGGUUUACAAGACCAGUGCUCUCACCACUGAACUACAAGGCCACACUACCACAGUCAGAAUGUGAUAAAUAUCAGGGAUAAUAAGUGACGAUUCAUGUUUUUUAGUGUUAUAUUUGCUAUUUAAUCGUCAAAGCCAUUUUAGC